UCACAUCCCUUUCCGCCUCUCUCCCUUCUUACUUUCCUUUCCUCUGCCUUCACCUCUUCUCCUCGCCCAUCUAUCCCACAAUGCAUUGCGCUCGCUCGUUGGAUCAUGGACCAAAGCGACAAUGAUCUUCAAGGAAGCGAUGGCUCUGGGAGUUUGGGCGGCCCAGAUGUUCGCAGACGAAUCCCCAUCAAACUCAUAUCCAAGCAGCCCUUGAGGAUCAAACCUCAGCCCCGCGUGCAGAGACCCAGCAGCAGGCCACCUAAAAGUGAGGCUGGAGAAGACGAUAACUUUGGCUUCAAGCAAGAGGAGAGGUUUGAUUGUGGAGCUAAAUCUGGUGAUGUGUUUGCAAGUCAGAGGAGAUUCCCCCAGCCACUGUUUUGGGACUAUAAGUUAAAUUUGAUUGGAGAGAGGGAUGAAGUACCAAUUCACUUUUGUGAUAAAUGUGGUCUUCCUAUUCAGCUAUAUGGACGGAUGAUCCCCUGCAAGCACGUUUUCUGCUACGACUGUGCUUUGCUUCACGAGAAGAAAGGAGAAAAGAUGUGUCCUGGCCUCACCUUGUACAACUGCACAGACCCAGUGCAGCGCAUCGAGCAGUGCCAGCGUGGUUCCCUCUACAUGUGCAGUGUCGUGCCGGGAUGCAAGCGCACCUACCUGUCCCAGCGUGACCUGCAGGCCCAUGUCAACCACCGCCACCUGAGGGCAGCCAAGUCUUCUGCUGGCCGCCAGGAGCCUGUGCACCUGCCCCCUGCGUCCGAGGUCCCUGACCGGUUCCGUGUGCCUCCACCUCACUUACCCAAGAACCACGUUCAUCUCCCCAACCCGCUCCAGCACAGCAGUCAUGAUCCCUACAGUCAGCCGCCCCCACCCACAUCCCACGAAGCCCCACCCCCCACCUCUGGUCUUGGUCCUGAGACAUUCCGCAUCUCCACGGUAACGACCCGUAAGCACAGCAAUCUGAUUACCGUGCCCAUCCAAGAUGACUCCUCUUCCUCUCGAGAGCCACACUCUGGCGGCCCAGGCCCAGCUCAGCCCCCCCACCACCACCCCGGGGACUAUCCUGGCCAGCCACCUGUAGUGUCCCACUCUCACCACAUGAUGGCGCCACCGCAGCAGCACUUUGGCCCCCCACCGCCCCCGCCCCCUCCCAUCAGCCAUCCCAUGCAGCAUCCUCCUCAGGCCUCUGGGACACCACACAUGGUGUACAACCAGGCCCCUCCUCCCCCCAUGUCCUCGGCUCCCCCACCAAUCACACCACCACCAGGGCACAUCAUGGGCCAGAUGCCCCAUAUGAACCACCCGCCCCCAGGACCUCCACCACAACACAGUGGCCCCCCUGUCAAUGCCCCCCCACCACACCAUUACAACCCCAAUUCCAUGCAGCAGUUCCAAGAAGACCAGGGCACCCUCAGUCCCCCGUUCAGCCAACCAGGAGGGCUCAGUCCUGGGAUGUGGCCUGCUCCAAGAGGGCCCCCGCCGCCACGAAUGCAGGGUCCUCCUCCCCAGGGCCAGAUGCCUGGACCACAUCACCCAGAUCAGGGCCGCUACAGGCCUUAUUAUCAGUAAACUGCCAACUGAGUGAAUGGGCUGUGUUAUUCUGUUCCAUACCACUUGUCUGCAUAAUGUGAUAGUAAACCUCAGGGUUACAGGAUGUAGGACUUUCAUUUUGAUAAAACUGCCCCAAAGCAAAUGUGUGUAUGCUGCACAUUUUAGUUAAGUGUACUGAACUUCCCGCUGAACAUACAGUAGACUUGGAGAAAGGCCAGAAUGUCCCUUUUUUUUAAUAGCAGCGUAUGGUAAAUAUUUCUGUAUAUAUGUCAGUUGAUUUCACGCAUAUGUACUGUACAUUGAAAGACGCUAACUAUGUCUCAAUAAAUUUUUAACUGCA